GUGAGACCGGCGCACCGGCAGCAGUGGCACUAUCGGAUUCGGCGAUACUGCGGGUUACAAAGGCAUGCCACAGGAUCUGAACCUGAAGCUGCUGCUGGGGCUGCUUCUCUUGGCUUCCUGCUUGUCAGCUAGGGCAUCAACAUGGGUUCCUGACCUGCAGGAACCGUACGAGGCGCACCAGGAUGCAAACCAAUGGGAAGAAGCCGUGCUCCGACUAGAUGGGCGAGCCGGCCGAGGUGUGUAUUCCGAGUUCAGAAUACAUCAAUAG